AUGUUCGACAGACCGGAUUAUCUCCUUGGCUUCGGCCUCCCAAGACGAUUGCUGUUAUUGGUCUUCAUUCAUGGCAUCAAUGGCGAGACUGAAUUCCAAGACUUUCCCUUCCUUAUCCAUCGUGCGAUGUCAGACUCACUGGAGCGUUCGCACGUGGUUCGGACUCGCACUCAUAACGCCUACAAAUCCCACGGCGAUUAUCAAGGGGCAAUAUCCAAAGUCCUUGAAUGCCUUCCGUCGGAUGAAGACGAUGGCGCAGAUGUGAUUCUGUUCUGGCAUGGUAUUGGUGGAUUCAUUGCCGCCGAUGUGGCACUGUCGAUCCAGCAUAACAACACACAAACAAGACCAAUCCUAGGCCUUAUCACCUUUGAUAGCCCUUUCUUGGGAAUAAAUCCUCGCGUGCGUGCUGCCAAGGUUGAAUCCUUGUUCCAGAAGAAGCAAGCCUCAAGUGACGACCUGCGGGACUUAAGCUCGACCAUAGGAUUUGAGAUUGCUUCUAAAGAUCCCAACUUCAAACCUGCUGACGCGCCCUAUGAUACGCUUGAUCCCCAAAAGGAAGACAGCCUUCGAUCCCCAAAGGACGAUUUGGUGACAGGGACCAAGCGUAAGGCUGAGGCAAUGUCCGACGAAAAUACCAGGGAAGGUGAUUGCCAGGGAAAGUCCGCGCAUAGUAGCCUUUCCGGACCUUUGAAACCUGCAAGCGGCGUGAACAACUAUUCUGUGCUUCGUCAAAGAUACCAAAAAUCGAAAGAGCUCGAAAUUCUCAAACCCGAGCCUGACGGUGUACGAUUUGUCAAUUACUAUAAUUGCCGCAUCGGGCGCUCAAAAGCAGAAGGAACAAACAAAAAAAUUCGAGCUGAUCAUAUGGUUCCCGGAACCGUGCCACCUGCGCCUUCGAGUUCGGAUCAAAGUUUUAAGCCCCAGAAAACCAGGCCCCACACAUUUGUAGUUCUGCCCUCUCGCCGGAAAGAUGACAAUCAUCCAAAUUGGGUACCGAUCACCAUGGAGGGAUUGGGUAAAGUGACAGCACAUCAGUCAAUGUUUUCACCUGGACCAAGCUUUAAUCACCUUAAGCAUGCUGUGAUCUCCACGGUAAAGCAAUGGAUCUAG